AUGCCUUGUAAUCUUAAUACUAUUUGUUAUAUAGACCAACAUAACGAAAUGGCUGAAAAAUCAAAGUUUAUAGCUAAUGUUAUAGGAAUAAUUAAUACUGACUUAGAAAGGUUUAAGAAAGGAGAUAUUAUUCAAAUUCAAGGUAGAUUUUUG